AUGUCGAUUAGACGCCCUUCAUCCGCUCCCCUCCAGACCGUGAUGGCAUUCUAUCAAACCACCCUAUACUCGGCGUCACAAAGAAGAUUCGGAACCUCAGAUACAACACAUUGCCCUUCUAACCGAACAUUGGGGGACUCUGUUGAUUCCCUGACGAAGAAGUUGCAGGCGGCUCUGGAGAAUCGCCACCAGAAAGGAAGAUUAAUCGAGCCGCUAGAUCCACAGAGAACGGCUCGCAUGGUGGAUUUUGGCUCCAAUGAUACACUUUCCCUUUCCUCCUCAGAGGCACUGCGUCAAGCUUUUCUCGAUGAACUUGCCAAACGUCCUGACUUUGAGAUUGGUAGUCGAUCCACGCGAAUCUUUGAGGGAACUACGUCGUAUCUUCUCGAACUAGAGAAACACAUGGCUCAAUUUCACGGAGCUGAAUCUGCACUGUUUUUCCAGUCUGGAUAUGAAGCCAAUGUAGCCAUCUGGUCAACGAUUCCUCAGCCUGGUGAUAUUAUUCUUCACGACGAGUAUAUCCACGCUAGUAUUCAUGAUGGUAUGCGUCAGGGAAGAGCAAUGACCCGGAUGUUUACUCAUAAUAGCUGUGAAUCCCUUCGGGAGUGCCUCUUGGACAUAUGCCAGACAAACACAGCCGUGGCAAAUGGAGAACAAACGGUGUUCAUAGCUCUCGAGUCGAUUUACAGCAUGGAUGGCGACAUGGCACCUGUGCAUGAAAUGCUGAAGCUGACUAAAGAGAUCAUGCCCUUUGGGAAUGUGAUUUUCUCGAUUGACGAGGCCCAUUCGAAUGGCUUGAUUGGUGAGAAUGGAUCAGGCUACAUUUGCCACUACGGUCUCGAGAAGGAGUUUCCCAUCCGACUGCAUACGUGUGGAAAAGGACUCGGCUCAACAGGAGCUGCUGUACUGGCCAAUUCCGCCAUUCGUUCUUAUUUGAUCAACUACGCGCGGGGCCUGAUCUUCUCUACCGCACCCGCAUUUCCAUCGUUGGCGGCCGUGAAAGGAGGGUAUAGGGUACUGGCCAGCAAGGAAGGCGAGGAGCGCCGUAUUCGUCUGCAGAAUAAUACUCGCCGUUUUUAUGAGAAGCUCACUUGUCAUUCAGAAUGGGCAAAAUGUGUAUUCAGCGGGAUCCUCAGCCUCCCAGCAGAGAAGACCUGUAAUACUGGUCCGUAUCUUGCCCCGAUUAUCCCUCUUAUCACAGAAUCUGGACAAGCAGCGAGCCUUGCCCAGAAAUUACAGGACGCUGGUUAUCAGGUAAAUGCGGUGUUCUUCCCUAUCGUGCCUCGAGAAAAGGAGCGAGUCCGCGUGGUGAUGCAUGCAGACAAUACAGCAACUCAAAUUGACGAGGUUGUGGACUUGAUAAUGGGCUGGUCCAUGACAUGUCUUGCGGGUCAGCUUGGGAAACCAGCUGGCCGUAUGUCCUCACCUGAGAUAUAUCAGAACGCGCCUUUUUCUGACUGA